GGACUGUAGACAUACUGUAUGGAAAACAUUAAGAAUUGGGGGGAAAAGGAACGGGUGUUACAUCACCUUUUCUAUGAAUUAGUAGUUCGUUUAUUUAUUUAUUAAUAUAUUUUUCUUAAUGUAAUUACCAAAAUGCCUUCCCCUCAGAGAAAACGAAAGGUAACACCGUUUACCACACUGCUUAAUUUUGUGCCUUAUAAGAAACCACUGAAUUAUGUUCAUUCUGACCUAAAACAAAGCACGAAAAGUAGCACAAGAAGUGGAAGCAAUCAACCUACAUAUCGUCAAAUUCUAAGUGACCACAACUAUUCCUUGAUAAAAUCUUUAGGAAGUGGUAGUUAUUCGAAAGUCAAAUUGGCUCAAAACUCUAAGAAAACUUCUUUAAAAGUGGCAGUGAAAAUUGUUAAUCUUUCAAAAGCACCAAGCGAUUUCCUGAAACGGUUUCUACCUCGAGAAUUGGAAAUAUGGCCGAAAAUCGAACACCAGAACAUAAUCAGAUUCUUUGAUAGUUUUGAAGAUUCCGGAUAUGUUUAUAUGAUUCUUGAAUAUGCUAGCAAUGGAGAUAUGUUGACAUACAUCCAAAAGUAUGGACCGAUUCCUGAAAUACAGAGUCGAGGAAUAGCCAACCAGAUUUGUCAAGCGACCAAAUAUCUCCACGACCAAAACAUCACACAUCGAGAUCUUAAGCUGGAAAAUCUUCUCUUAGACCAAAGUAACUCAGUAAAGAUUACAGAUUUCAGCUUUGCCAAACUUAAUCCGAAACACGAUCUCAGUCGAACGUACUGUGGAUCGAAAUCGUACGCAUCUCCAGAAAUAUUGACUGGAGAACCAUAUGACCCACAUAAAGCUGAUGUUUGGGCUAUUGGUGCUAUAAUGUACAUCAUAUGUACCGGUAAGAUGCCAUUUAACGAAAACAGGGGUUUGAAAAAAAUCCUUGAAGAACAAAAGAAUCUUGUUUUUCCGUGGUUUAGAUUUCAACUCUCCGAAUGUUUUCAAAAGUUAAUAUGUUGUAUAUUUACUUAUAAUUAUAUCAAGAGACCCUCGAUUGAAGUUAUACUUGAAAGUGAAUGGCUCAAAGAGAAAAAAAGUUCACUUCAAUCUCUGCCUGAUAAUGAAAAGGAUAUGUAGAGCGGAAAGGGGUUACAAAUAGCACCUUCUUCCAACUCUCCAAACCCCACCCCUAGUAUUCCACCUUCGAAUUCUGAACGCUCCUUAAUUGUUUGGAAUUUAUCUGUGACCAUUUCUUUGUCCCACCCCCUCUUCUUCUUCUUCUUCUUCUUCUUC